GCGUUGGCAAGAACUUGUUGAUCGUGGUGCCGCCUUUCGUCGCACGGUUCUGUGAUAUUUUCAUUACCUUUUUGUCCCCAUCAUUCCAGUGAUAUUCGUUGCAUACUUAAUCCCUCCAAUCCAUCCAUGGUAGCUACACUGUGACAAUCAUGCUGAAAGUACUCGUUUUUGCGCUGCUCGCCCUUACCGGCAUCUGUCGUGCAUCAUCGCCCUUGGAGACUGUGAGUGAAGAUGAUCUCGUGAAGAAGUUUCACAGCCACAACAACUUUAUUGUACUUUUCUCAAAACCCAACUGUGCCGACUGUGACAAGUUUGAGGCCAUCUUGUCGAAGCUGAAGCAAGAAAUCGAGGACAAUCUGCAGGCACAUGCGGUAAAAGCGGUAAGCAGCUCGAUGGCCCGGCUGUACAGCCCCAGCAAGGAGCCGGCCGUCGUGUACUUCCGCCACGGUGUACCGCUGCUGUACGAUGGAGCGAUCGAGGAGGACGCACUGAUCGGCAAGCUGAUACAGAACAAGGAUCCGAACGUGAAGGAGCUUUCCGAUGAAACGUUCGAGCAUCUUACGCAGGCUUCUAGUGGUGCCACCACCGGUGAUUGGUUCAUUAUGUUCUACACGACGAACUGCGUCGAUUGCCAGCGGCUUACGGCCGUGUGGGAAGCGGUUGCGGCCGAUCUGAAAACGCGCAUGAAUGUCGCUCGUGUGCAAAAGGAUGGCAAGGGAAGCGAAACGGCCGCACGGUUUCAGGUGAAAAAGGUGCCAGAUUUCGUUUUCCUACGGCAGGGAAAGUACUACCGGUAUGAAAUAAGCAAGUACGACAUCAAAUCGUUCGUCACAUUCGCCCAGGACUGGUACAAGAAUGCAAAGGCCGAACGCGUCCCAGUGCCGUUGUCACCAUUCGAUAAUCUUGUUGAACUGGCCGUCCAGUAUCUGAAAGAUGCGCCAAACAUGUACGCCAAGCUGUACAGCGAGUAUCCCAUGGUUGUGUACGCAUUUGGCGCGGGAUUGCUGUUCAUCGUGCUUGGGUUUGCACUGGCCAUCAUACUGGCUAUCGUAACGCGCUGCAAGGCAGCAUCUCGUGCAAAAAAGGAAACAAUUAAAAAGGCAAAAUAAGUGCUCUCCGGUGUUGGCAGAUCGACCGGUAAUCUGCAGCCGAAUUUUAAAUAUUAAACAAAUAAAACUGUAUCGAUAACGUA